AUGGAGAUUUUGAAGGAGUUUUGCAACGGCCUAUCAGACGAUGCUAUUGAAUACUACCACCCGGACCCAAAGGGAUACCCUUCACAUAGGUUCAAGGGUCCCUAUUACGAGGAGAAAGACUCGGACGAUGAGAUGGAAGACUCAGAUGACGAGGAAGAAGACUCGGAAGACGAAGAGAUUGAGGAGGCCAGAGCCUUGCAAGCCAAAUACGAAGAAAGAGCACAGAGUAUCCGCACGUCCAUUUCGCCAGACAAACGAGUCCGUUUGGGCGAUCUCCGCAGACACUGGACACUGUUCUCAUCGCAGGCUCUUGAGGCGUAUGCCGCGAUACCUAAAGGACACUAUGUCGACGAGGAUUGGACGGCUGGGGAACUUACGAUUCAAAAUCCCGAUCCGGAGGAAUACCCUCUGCCUUACGACGUAGAAUUUAGUCUGACGGGAACUGAACCCGAUUCUUUAUACAUGUCCCUAAACAUACCCAAGUUUCGGUCUGCCACUUCUGUCGAGAGGAUUGGAGUCGGCGAUGACGGGAGAGUUUACCAGUUUUCAGUCACGUUCCUGGACAAAUAUCACAUCGAUUUGCAUGCGCCCCGCAGCAUAUUUCCGGACGGUAUCACUUCACCUGACCUCUACUAUGUUGCUAUUCGAGACUUCAGUAUGGCAGAUGAGUUUGACCCUGACGAUGAUCCCACAAACCAUGAGGGCUAUGAGAAAAUUCAUGAGUUCUGGAAGCGCUUGUAUGCUGAGUAUGAAGCUAACGGUGGAGUCCGAGACAUCAGUAUGGCAAAAGAGUCUGACUAUGGCGAUAAUACCACAAAGGAUAUGAGUUAUGAGGAACUCGUUGAGUACUGGAACAACUUGGAGGCUGGGUACGCAGCUUACUGUCGAGACCAUGCGGACUCCGACGCCGAUUCGGAGAAAAGCUGA